AUGGAAUUGGAUAGAGUUGAGUUGGAAAGCUCUAUAAACAUUAAACUUAUAAAUAUAAAGAAAAGAAGUAUAACAGCAUUGAAUAAGAAUGAAUAUAAAAAACAAGAACUAUGUUUAGUUGUGGAAAAAAAGAUCAUUAUGUUCAAAGAUUUUAUUAACCCACAAUUUGUGGAAAAUUUGCAAUUAGAAAUGAAUAAAGAAAAAGAAGACAGUACCACAAUAGUAAAAUUAGCUGAUAAAUUAUUAUAUAAGUUACAUGAUAACUUAACAGAUAUUGCGAUUAAAAUCCAAGAGUAUAAUGAAAAAAGAAAAUUCAUAGAAGUUAUACCUUUACAAAAAUAUGAUAUGAUACUUGGUAAACUGUAG